GCGCGCAUCCGGCAUGGCUGAUACAAGCCGAGGGCUCCAACCGCUCCAACGGCAUGUCAGGGCCCCGAGCUCAUGAGCUUCGCGCUGCCAUGGGGCCUGAUCCCAAGCUUGCUCAUGAGGUAGCUCUCACGGGAAGUCAAUCUGGGAAUUCCAGACACUGGGAGGACAAGCCCAAUGCAGGCUACUCCGGGACACCCAUGUGGAAAAUCAAAGCGCAGCUCCAAGAGCAGCAGGCAAGCGCGCAGACAGGGCCGCUCAAGGUGCCCGAGGGCUUCAAGCAGGUGGAGAAGGGGAAGCCAAUGUACUACAAUGACAAGCGUCAGGUUUAUUGGAGUGGGGAAGAUGGAAAAACGUAUGUAUACGACGCAGUCAUGGAGAAGUAUUCACUGCUCUACGAUGGAAAAGCGUUCGACAUGCGCAUUGCUGUUGGCUCUUGCUUUCAUGAGAAGGCCUUCCAAGCCCGGCACGUGCUGGUGAAGGACUUGGCCAAAGCAGCACAGGCAAUGCGCAUGUCUGUGGAGCACUUGGACAGGCCCUGUGCGCUAUAUGCUCUUUAUGAGGGUCACCGGGGCAAGCCAGGCUCAGGAUCUGCCAAUGUUUGUGCUGAAUUCUGUGUUAAGCAACUUCAUCAGAAGCUCCUUCCGAAGCUCUCAGCCUUCCGUGGCUUUUGGGAGGACGCCAGACUUGAAGUGGCGAUGAGAGAAAGCUUUGAGGAGCUUGAUACCGAGUUCAUAGAAAAGCAUCCCGGAACUACUGAUGGUUGCUGUGCGACCGUCGCAUUAGUCACUGGUGCCCGUGUGGUCAUUGCAACACUGGGAGACGUCGCUGCUGUGGUCUGCAUGCGAAAUGGGGAGGCGGAGGAAUUUGCGAAGCCCCACGUGGCUCCUGGUUUGGAUAGUGACGAUGACGAUGAGGAGGAGGAUGUUCCAAAUGGUGGUGGGAUCCAGCCAGGAAAUUCAGCUCCAAUUCAGUGGACGCGAUCGCUUGGAGAUUCGGACUUCAAGAAGACCGAUAGUGCGCCAAAAUUGCUGUCUACGCCCGAAGUGAAGGUGCUUCAUUUGGAGCCAAAGCAUUUGGGUAUUGCUUUUGUGUGUCGAGCCCUUUACAAUGCGAUUGGCAAAAGUACUGCCGUUUCUACUGUCUCCAAGCGCUGUGCGCCGCGUGCGCGAAUGGCUGCUGGAGCGCUUGUAGAUGCUGCUGUACAGUGGCUGGGCCAGGUGGGAGACCUUGGCCUUGGCUCCAUUGUGGUCUUCUUUGAUAGGAUAGAGGAUGGGCCUGCCCACAAGCGGGCCAGAAAAGAAGAUCCCAGCCAGGUUCGCCUCAGGCACAUCUUGCUAAAGCACAGAGAGUGCAAAAGCACCAUGGACAAGGUGCGCAACAAACAAGUCAAGAGAAGCCGAGGAGAAGCAGAGCGUCUCCUUCGAGCUGUCUUGGAGGAAUGUCAAAACGAUCCCGGGACGAAGAUAUUCACCCAAAAGUGCAAGGACAUGUCAGAGUGCCAAAGUUGCCUGAAAGCUGGGGAGCUGGUUGGUGACCUGAGUUGGGUGAAGCCUGGCAAAUAUGGUCAAUCCUUUGAUGAUGUUGCCUUUGCCUUGUCCGUGGGCCAGCUUAGUGAUUUAGUUGACACUGACCAGGGUGUCCACAUAAUCCUCCGUUCAGCUUAGUGGACGGUGUCAAGUGAUCAUAGCUGGCAGAUGCAGCCUUACAGAAUGAGGAUACCUCUCCCUCUAGUUUGGAUCACAUGCAGUAGAUGGUAGAUGGGUG